CAAUUUGUUCGGACGGUCCGGGGCACUGCUCGCUCUUCCUCUGAUAGUCUGCCAGCUGCGACUUGGCUACUCCAAGACCUCUACCAGCUUAACCGCUAGCUUUAUCGAGCUUGCAGGGUGUUUAUUUACUCAUAGCAUACACGUGCAUAACAGCAGCUACAGCAGCAGCAGCAUCUUCAACAUACGAGAAUGUGUGGUAUCUGCGGAAUCUUGCUUGCCGACCAGUGCGCCAACGCGGCCCCGCAAAUCCUCGAGGCGCUGCAUUUCCUGCAGCAUCGUGGACAGGACGCUGCCGGUAUCGUGAGCUGCGGACCGCGGGGUCGGUUGUACCAGUGCAAGGGCAACGGCAUGAUUAGAGACGUGUUCAACGAGAAGCGCUUGCUUGGACUUAUCGGGAACAUGGGAGUCGGACAUUUGAGAUAUCCGACAAGUGGAAGCUCUGCCAACUCGGAGGCCCAGCCGUUCUACGUCAAUUCGCCUUAUGGAAUCAUCCUGUCUCAUAACGGCAAUCUUAUAAACGCGCCGGCGCUCAGGCGAUAUCUGGACCAGGACGUCCACCGCCACAUCAACACCGACUCAGACUCUGAGCUUCUGUUGAACGUGUUUGCGUCCGAGCUCGAGAAGACCAACAAAGUGCGUGUGAACGAGGAAGACAUCUUCACCGCGCUGGGCGGCGUGUACCGCGAGUGCCGCGGCGCGUUUGCCUGCAUCGGCAUGCUCGCCGGCUUCGGUCUCAUCGGCUUCCGCGACGCGAACGGCAUUCGACCGCUCGUCAUCGGCGAGCGCCAGAACGCGAACGGCACCGUCGAUCAUCUGAUGGCGAGCGAGUCCGUCGCGCUCAAGGCGCAAGGGUGUCAGAAGUGGACCGACCUGCUUCCCGGCCAGGCGGUGAUCAUCCCCAAGGCCACGAUGAAGCCGAUUAUUCGCCAGAUUGUGCCGCAGCUGUCGUACACGCCGGAUAUCUUCGAGUACGUGUACUUUGCGCGGCCAGACUCGGUCAUGGACGGCAUCUCGGUGUACAGAAGCCAUCUGGCGAUGGGCGACAAGCUUGCGGCGAACCUGGUCGAGCGGUUCGGCGGGCUCGAGAAUUUGAAGAAGCAGGUGGAUGUGAUUAUCCCUGUUCCGGACACGUCUCGCAACGCGGCCUUGCAGCUCGCGUUCGCGCUGGGAAUCAUUUACCGCGAGGGAUUCGUCAAGAACCGGUACGUCGGCCGCACGUUCAUCAUGCCGGACCAGCAGGCGCGGCGGUCGUCGGUGCGGACGAAGCUGAACGCGAUGGACCUCGAGUUUGAGAACCGCAACGUGCUGAUUGUGGACGACUCGAUUGUGCGCGGCACGACGAGCAAGGAGAUUGUGCAGAUGGCGCGCGAGGCCGGCGCGAAGAAAGUGUACGUUGCCAGCUGCGCGCCGCCAAUCAGGUAUAACCACAUCUACGGCAUCGAUCUCGCAGACACAAAAGAGCUGGUGGCGUACUCGCGCACGGAGGCCGAGGUCGCGACCGCGAUCGGCGCCGACGACGUGAUCUACCAGACGCUGCCGGAUCUGAUUGCGGCCGUCUCGGGCGAGAACCCGGCGAUCAAGCAGUUCGAGGUCGGCGUGUUCACGGGCGAGUACGUGACCGGGGUCGAGAACGGGUAUUUGGAGCAUUUGGAUAAGAUCCGGUUCCAGAACGCGCGAUUGAAGGAGCUCGAGCGGAGUGCGGAUAAGGCGGGAUAUAACGCGUUGGUGAACGGGGAGGGCAAGGCGGAUGUCGAUAUUGGGCUUUAUAACACUGCUGAUUAUAGGUAGUUGUUGCUUAGAUUGCUGAUAGUUAAAAGGGGUGAGGAGAGGACAUGUGGUAAAAACAUAGAUUACAACGAUAAAGAAUAUAC